AUGCUACGAAGCAAGAUAACGCUGAAACGUUUAUUCAUCUUUAUCGGAGGUGCAGCCAUUCUUUAUUACAUACUUUCUGUCUUUCUAACACAUAACCAUCAGCAUCAACAUGCCACUCGUCGUCAAUUAGAAGAAUCUAAUACGAAACCUUUCCAUGAUAAAUUACCGAAACAUGUCUCGUUAGUAAAUAUUAAACCACUUGCAGUUAUUCCUCCUCUUCAAAUGUAUACUCUUCAAUCCCAGCAAUGUGAAGGAACUCUUUAUAAUAGAGUUUCGCCUAGGAAGAAACGAGACGAAAGUGAUCCUUGGCCUAAUUUCUCACCAUCUACUUUUGCUCACGAAACCAAUUUCAUUAAAUGGCUGGAAAAUAAUGGAAAAUAUUGGAAAGGAAUUUCCAGAGGUUUAGACGGAGAAGAAUUAAAUACUGAAAAACUAAAGCUGAAUAAUUUGGGAUUUACUUUGAAUGGACAUUUGACACCAAAGGAGGGGCAUUUACCUAUUUGGUUGAAAGCAUUCAAGAGAAGAAGUCCUUUGGAUAUUUCACUAGCUGCCAUCUGUCAAAUUGAUGACAUUUCUGAUACAAUUCUCUAUGUCACAAUUGAUGGUGGAGAUUUUGAUGAAGUUUUGGAAGAAUUAGUUAAAGUUACUUGUGUGAAAAUCAAAGUUUAUUUCCACCCAUACUUGACAGAUAUGAGAAGUUUAGGAAUGGAUAAAUUAAAACAAGAUAUUGGACUAAUUUUGAAUUCACAUUACAUUUAUGGAAUGUACAUGUUAACUCAAAAACUUGAUUAUCCAUAUGUGAUUACAUUGGAAGAUGAUUUGGAAGCAAGUCCUGAUUUUUACAGAUAUCAUUACAGUUUGUAUCAUUUGGUGUAUGGAAAGGAAGCUAAUUAUUAUGAUAGCAAGAAAAUAUUUGCAAUUACUGCAUUUACUCAAGGUUCAACUGUUGAUUGUCAUUUCCUAGUUGAUAAAUUGAAAAAUGACAAGUCCUCAAAGUGUGGAAUUCAUUCAGUGCAUCAAUUGGUCGAGGAGGAUUAUUUUCCUGGAUGGGGAAGUGGAAUUACCAGGGAAAUAUUUAUGGAAUAUUACAGUCAAUGGAAGGUCAAUGGUAGAAUUUAUGAUUAUGGAAUGAGUCAACUGAGAGUAAGUGAACAACGAUACACUCUUGUGCCUUGUUCUCCUCGUGUAAGAACCAUUGCAAAUGAAGGUGUGAAUGGAGGAAAUGCUGGAAGAUGGGACCAUUACCUGACACAUUAUGCAAAAUGGGAUGAACAGCCAUUGGAUAGAAUUUAUUAUGUGGAUAGAAUGGAUGGAGCUGUUAAGGCAGAAGAGAAAGGAAACUUUAUGUACAAUCAAAUUGUUUAA